GUACGUUAUGUAGAGGUUUCACCCCCAGCCGGAUGGCAAACGAUGGCGAAAACUGUGCGUGGAUUCGACGAAGACAAGGUUCAGAACUGCAAAGAAGACAUAGACACUCUACUAGUAUUCACUGGCCUGUAUUCAGCCGUGCUGUCGGCUUUCGUCGUUGAAUCGUACACGGACCUUCGGCCUGACCCAAAUACUCAGAUAGUCUUCCUACUCGAGCGCAUCGUUGUACAAACGCAAAGUUAUACCAUCACUUCUGGUACCCUUGACUCCGCCGCCCAGCCAUCUCCUAUCCUUCCCCAUUUCACGGUUCCGCUGUGGGCCGUCCGCGUCAACGGUCUCUGGUUUGCAAGCCUCAUCAUCAGCCUCGCAACCGCGUCGCUCAGUAUGCUCGUCAAGCAGUGGCUGCGGGAGUACCUCGCUAUUGAACACACUGCACCGCAAGAGCGUCUCCGUGCACGCCAGUACCGAAGACCUGGGCUCGAGAAGUGGAAGGUCUUUGAGAUCGCCGCCGUAUUGCCCAUGCUUAUCCAGCUCUCUCUCGGCCUGUUCUUCGCUGGGCUCUGCUUCUUCACUGCGAAUGUCGAUGAGCACGUGUACUUCACCAGCGUACCGCUUGUCUCCGGUUGGGCCUUCUUCAUCGUCGUUACUACACUCGCACCACUCGUCUCACCCCGAUGCCCAUACAAGAUUCCUCUGCUUAAGUCCGUAGUGCGAGCAGUGAGAACACGAGUCGUUAUG